AUGAUGGAAGUUGAUGGAGCAGAAAUUUGGAACAGUAAUCCUUCGGAUGGGGCCAAAUUUGCUAAUUUAAAGGCGUUUGUAAAUGCAGCCCGUGAAUUUGAGGCCACUCACAGUGAAUCUGCUAUUAAUAUGAUGACUCGUUACUUAGGAUUAAUCGCAUCUUCAUGUGAUCUCUCAAUAUUUUCGCCUGGACGCAGCGAAGUUUGUGCCUUCUUUAGUUCAUUGUGGCGUGUUAUGUGUGAUGGCAGGGGUCCUCACUGGGCUGGUGUAGCAGUACUAGCGAGAGCAUGUAUUGAAGAAAGUGCUAGGCAUGCAUUAACACAUACUUACAAAUUCAUGCCUAUCUUGACUAGAUUAUUGAGUGACACAAUAUCAAAUGAUAAAAAAAUAAAACUGCUUUCUGUGAUGCAGGACAUCUCAUAUGGAAUUAAAAUUAGCUGGCAAGAGUCAUAUCUAUCAGGGUUGAUGAAGCAAUUAACAGAUUGGAUAACGCAACCAAUGAUGGAGCCACAACAUCGAACUAUAGGUCACAAGUCCCUGACAGUGCUUGUUAAUGUUUGCUAUGGGAAUCUCCCAGCGAUAUAUGCACUGAUGAGAACAGUUGAUACUAAAGAUUUUGUUGUUCACUUGAUUAGUUUGAAGGACGGUGGCUAUGGUGGAGUUGAAGUAUGCCGAUUAUUGUUAUGCCUCUCAAGUGCUACCAGAGGCUCGGCUUCAACAAGACAACCAGAUGUACAUAGCUAUCUGUGUUGUACUAUGAGAACUUUUAGUAAAGCUGUUGUAGAAAGAGAUUCUACACAAUUACUUCAUUCAUAUACAUUUAUUAAUGACUUGUGUUCGGACAACAAUUUAAAAAGCUAUGUACUCACUUAUCCGCACUUUUCAAACUCACUCCAAGAUGCUUUGAAGAAUAUGGAUCAGCUGUGUAAAUCUGCACCAGACGACACGGGUGAACCGGAGAAUGCAAUGAACUGCCUGCGAAAUGUACUGAAGUUUCUUACCGUUUUAGUAAACUUAGAUUUAUACUCACUAAGAUGCCAUCACUCCCAUCUGGUCUGUUUAUGUAUGAAGUCGAGCAGAGUGUGCUUGGCAGAGUCUUUAGAGCUCUUCGCGGCCAUUGUUUUACAAUACAAAGAUGAAGGUACUUUACCACAAGAAUUACUAUCGGUCUUAAGUGACGGUCUGCCCGCACUUUUAGUGCCGCCUGCUCUAGAACCUGGAAAAGCUGGAUUACAAUGGCUGCAAGUGGUAGGUGCUCUGUGCGAGAUCAGCGAGACUCAAGAGCGUGUGCUACAAGAAGUGACUCCAGACUCGUUUGAAGAUACUUUAUACAGUGUACUGCAGUACACGUCACAGAACGGUCCAGUGGGUAUGGAGAUGGCGCAGCAGAGCGUCGUGCUGGCGUGUCGGUGCGGCCUCGCUCUUGCACCGCUAUCUAAGCACUGGGAGGCGGCCUUCAACAGAAUGCUGGCACAUCAUCAGGUUCGAAAGCUACUAUGCGUUGGUCUGACGAACAAUAAUGGGUCGCGACGGAGACAAAUAUUGCAACUGGUCAAACAUCACUAUUUCCCGUCUGAUCAAAUGAAUCAGAUAUUCGGUGAAAGUCUCCACAACAUAUCGAACGUGAGCGCGGAGAGCGUGUCCCCGCGCGUGGCGGAGGCUGAGGGCGAGGCGCCGUGGGCGGAGCGCCUCACGCCCGCGCAGGAGCUGGCCGUGGACGCGCUGGUCGCGGGACUGGCUGACGCCCUGCACGCGGGCAAGAUCUCCGAUAUAGCGACUUCGAGCGUUAUGGAGUUGUAUGGUUACAAGAUGACAUGCUUAGAGCAAAGGCUGCACUCGCAUUCAGUCGCUUUGCAGGGUGCCACAGAGCACAUGGCGUCAUUACAACACGCGUUAGCUCUAUUGCAAGCUACCAACUCGGCACAACAAGAUGUGUUGUACAAUACGCAAAUGCAAAAUGAAAAACAUAAAAAGACAAUAGAAGACCUUCACAAGCAAUUAGAAGAUGCGGAAACAACGCUGCGUGGGUUCCGUGCGAAGUUAGCCGCUGAAAGGCUCGAUAAGGAGAAUCAAAAAGAAAACUUACAAAAGGAGUUUAGAUCGCAAAUCGCUAAUAUUGAAAGUGAAAUGAAAAUACGUGAAAGAGAAGCGGAGGAAAGAUUGAAACAAAUAGAGGCGGACAGUAGGACGUUGCAGAAGAAAUUGGAACAGCAGACAAGCAAAAACAGUGAAUUAGCGGGUGUUUUGAUAAAAUUCGAAGAGAGAGUCAAACAGAGGGAUAAGAAACUAGAGGAAGCGGCAGCCGCAGACACCGCCUUGAGGCGAGAACUCGAGCAAAGGGAUAAUAUGAUAAAACAAUUGGAAAAGACAGUAGUAGAACGCGAGAACAGACUGUACCAAGUGACCACGCAGCUGGAGGAGAUGAAGCGGGUGCAGGAGAUGGUAGCAAAGUUGAUGAGCAAGAGUGCUUCGAAUGCUAGU